GCGGCGAGAUUGCGGAAAUUUAUUACGCAACACACGAAGAUGCACAUGUAGGAAGUUUAUCUCCUGUAGUGGUACGGAACCAGAAAGGACUGGUAACGUAGCGCCUCUGGAAAUGGCUCAGCGAGCAUUCGCCCUGCCUAGACAGCAGUCUCUGUUCCUACCGGCGGUUCUCAAUCCGUUUGUGCAGGAGACCAGAUUGACCCGACAUGAGAAGAUCAAAUUCUGCCUCCUGGGAGUCCUCCUCGUACCUCUCCGCUCCGUCUUCCUGGCUGUGGUGCUGAUGGCAACGUGGCUGGUGGCCGCCGUAAUAACGUUCAGGCGGCCCCUGAACAGAGACGUGGAGCCCAUGACGGGCUGGAGGAGGCUCAUGUGUCGUACAGUGAUGGUGUUUCUAGGCCGGGUCUGUUUCCUAGGGAUGGGCUUCUGCGUGGUGGUGAAGGGCAGGCAGGUGAGCGGUGCUAAGGCUCCCAUUCUUGCUGUAGCUCCGCACUCCUCCUUCUUCGACGCCAUCGCCUGCAUCGUAGCCGGUCUGCCCUCCAUCGUGUCCCGCUCCGAGUCCCUGGACGCGCCCAUAUUUGGCCGCAUCCUGCAGUGCCUGCAGCCUGUGCUGGUGUCACGAAAGGAUCCAGACUCACGCAAAAACACCAUCUUGGAGAUUAGGAGACGGGCCAUGUCUGGGGGCCACUGGCCACAGAUGUUGAUUUUCCCUGAAGGGACAUGCACAAACCGAUCUUGCCUCAUUACCUUCAAACAAGGAGCCUUUGUGUCAGGGGUCCCUGUUCAGCCAGUGCUCAUCAGAUACCCCGGUAAGAUGGACACAGUAACGUGGACUUGGCAAGGCCCCAGACUGUGGACUGUGCUUCUGCACACACUCUGUCAGAUCUACACCACAGUCGAGAUUGAGUUUCUUCCUCCACACAUCCCAACAGAAGAAGAGAAGGAGAACGCCACUAAGUUUGCUCAUUCCGUGCGGGCAGUGAUGGCAAGGUCACUGGGUGUCCCGGUAACGGACCACACGUUCGAGGACUGUCGGCUCAUGAUCUCCGCCGGGGAGCUAACCCUGCCCAUGGAAGCGGGGCUAGUGGAGUUCACAAAGAUCAGCAGGAAACUGAAUCUGAAAUGGGAUAAUGUGAAGAAGGAGCUGGAGAAUUUUGCCACCAGAGCUUCCUCAUGUAAAGGCGGGCGGAUCCGCAUCGAGGAGUUUGCCGGUUUCCUCAAGUUACCCAUCAGCCCAGCACUGCAGGAGCUCUUUGCUCUUUUCGACAGGGAUGGAGAUGGCACCAUCGAUUUCAGAGAGUACGUCAUUGGUGUGACCGUGUUAUGUCGACCAGCUAACACAGAGGAGGUCAUCCACACAGCAUUUAAGCUGUUUGAUAUAGACGAGGACAAUAACAUCACUCGAGAUGAGUUUUCCAGUCUGCUGCGUUCGGCUCUGGGUGUGUGUGAUCUCAACGUCAGCAAACUCUUCAACGCAAUCGACAGUGAUGGAUCAGGACACAUCACCUACGAUGAGUUUCGCACCUUCGCUCUCACCCACCCAGAGUACGGUAAACUCUUCACAACAUACAUCGAGCUCCAGCGCUACCAGGGCCUCCAAGGGGAGGAGCCAGACUUUGACUCCGCCUUCUCCCAGUGGGGUACCAGUUCCCCUAGUGACCACCAGGAAGACAGCAACUCCCACAAGAAAGACGCUUAACAGUACCAGACGAAGGAGGAACCCAGGCCUAAUGCCCCGCGGGUCUAGUGAGGUGGAUCGAAACCACCGCAGAGCUUAGAACAGCAAUCAACUGGCAUUUUUGUUGAUUAUAAAUACAACCUUCCGUUUGGAGGAAACUCAUCGUAACGUGUCUUGGCGGUGCACAGAGUAACCGCCUUUGCCAAGAACGUGUGCAAGAUUUCUCCCAAGGGGCACGUGUCCCUUACAUGAAGUUUUGCAUGCAAGUCUUGUUUGAGCCGUGCCCACCUACUGUUCCCAUGAUGUCGUGAGUCGUUUAUGUUUAAAGUAUUAUGUUACACUGUUCUGCAUCUUGCUGUUGUGACUAUGGCAAGAAGUGUUAUGAUAUUAUUUUGUUUGUUUAGUUUUUUUUUUUUUUUAUCUGGUGCUACACAUCCAGUGCUUACAGGAGGCAGGGAAAUAAAGCUUUAAUGUUGCAAUCUUACGACAUUACUGAUGUGCGGUGGUCCACAGCAGUGCUGCAGAGCUGGUGCAUGUCAGUUCAUGAUUCACAACAACGGCAGGCUAAAGGGAGGGAGGAUAUGAGUACACACGCUGUUUUUUUUCUCUCUCUCUCUCUCUCUCUCUCUCUCUCUCUGUGACUCUGGUGCAGAAAGUUCGCAGUAAUUAAAGGUUUUUGCCCGA